AUGCCGGCAAUGGACCUGAGUGAAAACUUCAUCCAGGCCAUCCCCAGGAAAGCUUUCCGCGGGGCCACCGACCUCAAGAAUCUGCAACUGGACAAGAACCAGAUCAGCUGCAUCGAGGAUGGGGCUUUCCGUGCCCUGCGGGGGCUGGAGGUCCUGACCCUGAAUAACAACAAUAUCACUUCCAUCCCUGUGUCCAGCUUCAACCACAUGCCCAAGCUGCGGACGUUUGCUGCUCCAGCCCAGCUCCGCGGCCUCAAUGUGGCUGAGAUCCAGAAGAACGAGUUCAGCUGCUCCGGACAAAUGGACCUGGCACGUGCCCAGCUCUGCAGCUUGUCCUCUGGCUCCUGCCCGGCCAUGUGCACUUGCAGCAAUGGCAUCGUGGACUGUCGGGGCAAGGGACUGACAGCCAUCCCCGCCAACCUGCCUGAGACCAUGACGGAGAUACGCCUGGAGCUCAAUGGCAUCAAGUCCAUCCCCCCAGGCGCCUUCUCCCCCUACAAGAAGCUGCGGAGGAUAGACCUGAGCAACAACCAGAUCUCGGAGAUCGCCCCCGACGCCUUCCAGGGACUGCGCUCACUGAACUCCCUGGUGCUGUACGGCAACAAGAUCACGGACCUCCCCAAGGGCGUCUUCGGGGGACUUUUCGCCCUGCAGCUGCUGCUUCUCAACGCCAACAAGAUCAACUGCGUGCGGGCAGACGCCUUCCAGGACCUGCAGAACCUCUCUCUGCUCUCGCUCUACGACAACAAGAUCCAGAGUCUGGCGAAGGGCACCUUCACCUCCCUGCGGGCCAUCCAGACCCUGCACCUGGCCCAGAACCCCUUUGUCUGUGACUGCAACCUGAAGUGGCUGGCAGACUUCCUCCGCGCCAACCCCAUCGAGACCAGUGGCGCCCGCUGUGCCAGCCCCCGGCGCCUGGCCAACAAGCGCAUCGGCCAGAUCAAGAGCAAGAAGUUUCGCUGCUCGGCCAAAGAGCAGUAUUUCAUCCCAGGGACGGAGGAUUACCAACUGAACAGCGAGUGCAACAGCGAUGUGAUCUGCCCCCCGAAGUGCCGCUGCGAAUCCAGCGUGGUCGAGUGCUCCAACCUGAAGCUCACCAAGAUUCCGGAGCGCAUCCCGCAGUCCACAGCUGAGCUGCGCCUGAACAACAAUGAAAUCUCCGUCCUGGAGGCCACCGGCAUCUUCAAGAAACUCCCACAUCUGAAGAAAAUCAACCUGAGCAAUAACAAGGUGUCGGAGAUCGAGGACGGUGCGUUCGAGGGGGCAUCCUCCGUCAGCGAGCUGCACCUCACUGUCAACCAGCUGGAGUCGGUGCGGAGCGGCAUGUUCAGGGGCCUGGAUGGGCUGAGGACCUUGAUGCUGAGGAACAACCGCAUCAGCUGCAUCCACAACGACAGCUUCACAGGGCUGCGCAACGUCCGCCUGCUCUCCCUGUACGACAACCAGAUCAGCACCAUCGCACCAGGUGCCUUCGACACGCUGCAGUCCCUCUCCACGCUGAACCUGCUCGCCAACCCCUUCAACUGCAACUGCCAGCUGGCCUGGCUGGGGGACUGGCUGCGCAAGAGGAAGAUCGUGACGGGGAACCCGCGGUGCCAAAACCCCGACUUCCUCCGGCAGAUCCCGCUCCAGGACGUGGCUUUCCCCGACUUCAGGUGUGAGGAAGGUCAGGAGGAGACCAGCUGCAUCCCCCGGCCCCAGUGCCCGCAGGAGUGCACCUGCCUUGACACCGUCGUCCGCUGCAGCAACAAGCACCUCAAGGCCCUGCCCAAGGGGAUCCCCAAGAACGUCACGGAGCUCUACCUGGAUGGAAACCAGUUCACUCAGGUCCCAGGGCACCUCUCCACUUUCAAGUACCUGCAGCUUGUUGAUCUGAGCAACAACAAGAUCAGCUCCCUGAGCAACUCCUCCUUCACCAACAUGAGCCAGCUCACCACCCUGAUCCUCAGCUACAACUCCCUGCAGUGCAUCCCUCCGCUGGCCUUUGAGGGCCUCCGCUCCCUCCGGUUGCUGUCUCUCCAUGGCAAUGACAUCUCCAGCCUCCCCGAGGGCAUCUUCGCAGAUGUCACCGCCCUGUCCCACCUAGCCAUUGGGGCCAACCCCCUGUACUGCAGCUGCAACCUGCGCUGGCUCUCCAGCUGGGUCAAGACAGGGUACAAGGAGCCAGGCAUCGCCCGCUGCGCUGGGCCCCCUGACAUGGAAGGCAAGCUGCUGCUCACCACCCCCGCCAAGAAGUUCGAGUGCCAAGGCCCGCCCGCCCUCAGUGUCCAGGCCAAGUGCAACCCCUGCCUCUCCAGCCCCUGCCAGAACCAGGGCACCUGCCACAACGACCCCCUCGGCUUCUACCGCUGCACCUGCCCCAGCGGCUACAAGGGCAGGGACUGCGAGGUGGCACUCAGUGGCUGCUCCUCCACCCCCUGCGCCAAUGGCGGGACCUGCCAGCCUCAGGAGGGGGAAGGAGCUGGGUUCAGGUGCCUGUGCCCAGUGGGCUUCGAGGGCCCGAGCUGCCGCGCCGCGAGCGACCCCUGCAAGGAGCACAGCUGCAAGAAUGGGAGCUCCUGCGUGCCCGGUGCCACCAACUACACCUGCCUGUGCCCUGCCCAUUACACAGGGGACUUCUGUGAGCAGCCUCCGGAUUUCUGCUCAGCUGAGCUCAGCCCGUGCCAGCAUGGCUCCACCUGCGUCUCCACUAGCCAGGGGCCCAGGUGA